CUCCCUCCCCCUUUUCUCCCUCUCCCCUUCUUCUCCCUCACCCCUCGCCUCUCCUCCCCUUCCCCCUACUUUUCCCAUCCCCUUAAUUCCCCCGCUCCUCGCUCCGGGCCCUGCAGGCCUCGGGUUCCUCCCGGGGUCUCCGCGUCCCGCGGGGAGGAGGCUCGUCCCGAAGAAUCGUGCGCUGGAAGGGAAGAGGGAGUGGUGCUUGAAGUCGGCCACGUUUUAAGUUCAGAGGUUUUUUUUUUGGUUUAAGUUCAGAUUUUUGAAAAAGGAAAAACCUGGGAAGACAAAGUGAACAGAAUAUCUGAGUCAUUACAUCAGACAAUUAGGAAAUUGGACUGUAAUAAUUCACCAUGGCUUAUGGCUUGCCAAGAAAGAACGCAGUGGAAACCAUUUUGAGGUGCAAUUGUUAUAAAGUACAGGAACCCUGGGAACUUGUAUUACUCACAAAGACCUGGUACACAAACCUAGCCAACAUCAAGUUGCCUUUCUUGGAAGAAAUUGCAUUUGGUAGUUCUAUACACCUCAAAAAAUGUAAAACCAUUAAGGAUGGUCUGCUCCCUUCAGCAGAAUCCAUCCAACUUGAAAGGGAGUAUGAAAUGAAGCGCUUGAAUAACCUGAAGUGUGAGGAAAAUGCAGCCGAGGAAAUUCAGUUUUCCCUAAGGGAAAGGCCAGUUGGUUUGAGAAGACCUCUCCCACCUAAGUGACAGUCAUCUCAUAGUUGAAUCUGUACUCUGUGCUUUCUGCAUCCAAAGAGGAUGAAGGGCUCUGACCUUCCACUGUGUGAAGUUUGGUGCAGUCAUCUGAAUGCCCCCUGGUGGAUGAGCCAGCUCCCGUGGGUUAGUUGACAGCUCUGAACAGAUCUUCUGGGUCCCAGUCCCGUACUUGCACCUUUGUAUCACAGCAACAGUACUGUAAAUAAAUGAAAAUGUAGCUGGCAUUGAGUCAUUUGUGCUAUUCAUUUUGAUUUUUGUAAAGUUGCACUAAGGAAAGAGGAAACUCCUUGCCAGAGGCAUCCCCCCACCAAGAGACAUUAUUUUGAAGAAUAUUUUGAAUUUUCAUCUUUGAGACCCCAAGGAGGUACGAAGAAAGGAGAGAGGGAAAUUAUUUAUAAAAUGAUUAACUGUGAAAAAUUUUGUUUGAUUAAGAAAAAUUGUAGGGGGCGUCCCUGGUGGUGCAGUGGUUGAGAAUCUGCCUGCCAAUGCAGGGAACACGGGUUCGAGCCCUGGUCUGGGAAGAUCCCACAUGCCACGGAGCAACUGGGCCCGUGAGCCACUAUUACUGAGCCUGCGCGUCUGGAGCCUGUGCUCCGCAACAAGAGAGGCCGCGAUGGUGAGAGGCCCGCGCACCGCGAUGAAGAGUGGUCCCCACUUGCCGCAACUAGAGAAAGCCCUCGCACAGAUACGAAGACUCAACACAGUCAUAA